GGGUCGGUUUCUUCCACGUGUCGCCCCGAAGAUAUCUUUAGAAACAAACAAUUCCCAUCGCGUCGUCAAACUAUGAAUGAAUUUUGAUGUAUUUGUAAAAUAAUUAAAGCAUCGAGAAAUCGAUCGCUCGUCGGAAACAACCGAGCUCUGGAGAUGAAUCACGAAGCCGACGACGGCGAAGAUGUAGCGGCGGUGGCGGUGGAAGACGUGGAGGUGUGGGAUACGUUGAGUAAUGGAUUCAAGCGUGCACAGCUUUUUCUUGAUCAGAAUCGUGAUUUGAUCCAACGAGUCAACGAAAACCACAUGUCUCGAAUCCCAGAUAACGUCGCUAGAAACGUUGGCUUGAUCAACGAAAUCAACGGUAAUAUUUUCCGAGUUAUGGAGAUUUACUCUGAUUUAUCUGUCGAUUUAGCCAAAAAUUUCGAUCAGCGGCGGAGGACGGCCAAGAACGGCGGCACUACAACUACCACCACCGGUUCUUACGGCGGUAGACGGAGAUCUUGCGGUUCCUAAGCGCAAUACGCAACAGCAAACUCCGAUUUUAGCUAAUUUCAUGCCGGAGUCACUGUUCUGUUUCAUGAAGUUUGUAUAUGAUUACAAGAAUUAGGAGUUGAUUUUGGGGUUGAUGUGAAUUAGUGUGGUGGAUUAGGAUGUUGCACUAGUCUCUUACGUGAUCUCUAAGGUAUUCUAUUCUUCUGUAUUCAGCUCCUCUGCUUUUGUUUGAUUCUUGCAUGUCUCAUUCGUAUAAUCAUUCACUAGUUUCAUGAUUUUUUCGAUGGCUGGUUGUCUGUAUUAUGGAUUUCAAUAGCUUUUAGAGAAGAUAUGAGUUGCACCAAAAACAGAUGGCUCUGGUUAGUUGUUGAAUAGAGUCAGAUCAUGAUG